AUGCAUCCCUCCAGCUUUCCGUCCCUCCUCAUUUCUAUGCCAGAAGCUGCACGUGCUCUUGUCCCUCCAGCGCCCCUAUCCACGCCAAUCAACCACAUAAACUCCGCGGCCGCACGCACCAACUGCAAGAUCAGGGUGAUCGCAGCUGCUGAUGCUACACUUUGUCUCGCUUUCCUCCGCCAGCAGACGCUAAGACUUGUUCCUCGCUAUGCUACUGCUGCUGCUCCUCCUCCUCCUCCUCCUCCUCACCUUCCCCUGCGUGUCCUGUCCCGGCCUUGGCUUGGCUUGCCUCCCGCGGCCCGAACGUUGUGGGCUCCUCUGCGUUCGACUUCGAAAACCACGAGACCCGUCAAGUCCAGCCUCCAGUACAGGAACGUACUGGACUGUACCGUUCGGUCCGGUGACACCCCGUCCCGAGCCACCGUGGCGGGCGCCUGGAGUACUAGACAUCAUCCACCCCCCGCAGGUCCGGCCUGCCUCCCGACGAGCGUGGGCUGGUGCAUCCGGAAAUGGAAAGGCCGUGAGCUCGGUCGCUCGCCCGGUUCUCCGCCGAAAUGCGUUGGCUCCGGCGGUGGCCGCGGGGCGGGGCAAGGGCGCGGACGGUCCCGCGCCUUUGUUCGUACGACGGGAGGAGCCGUCGACGGCUCGACGUUUUCUCUCUUGGAGAUGUUGCAAGGAUUUGGAGAAAUAGCGGUCAGGCACCCAACGGUCCAGGAUCGGCUCUUCGGGCGCACCUGCGAGCGAUGAUGGGUGCGAUCGUGGCGAGGAUGGGCCCGAGUGGACCCCAGAUUUGUUUCGGCACUCAAGUUCACAUUCUCACGCUACGCUCUCGUCGUCCUUCGUCAUGAGAGUCCGACUUCUUCCGCCCGAUCGGCUGCAUCCGAAUGAACCCGAAAAACACGAUCGGCCAAGUCAACUUCCUCGACUCCAUUCUCCGCCGUGGCUUUUCUGAGUUCUGUCAUAGCAUUGUGGGAACUGUUUGUCCGCAACCUUGUCCUGCCGAUCUCACAUCUCAACUUCUACAACGACUUCCAGUCGGCCGUAGGGCCACAUAAUGCGCCACUCUUGGAAGAUGACAUUUAACGUCGUUCUUGAUGUUUGUAAGCAAUCGGUCAAUCUUAAGAGCCAAUCUUUUGUCACCUCUGGAAGGAGUUGUUGGAAUAGGGACGUUCGACCCGUUUACUUGCACAGUCUCUUGAAAUUCGAACACUCGAAACGCCGGCGCGCAAUUGUCUAGCUCUCCGAAAAGGCUAAAGGAGGAGUUUCAAGCAGUGUCCGCGAUCUCUAGAUCGCGGAGGACUUUUCCGCGCGGAUAUUCCGUUUGAGAAGAUGACAUUUUGCAGUGGACUGAUGCAUACGAACGUAAUCUAAAGCGUGUUGGGAUACACGAAUGGUACAGGACCAGCCAUACGGCGACCGUAUAAGGCCAAUUAAACAUUGAUCCAAGAUCCUGGCAUAAGUAGGCAUCGACAAGAUGGAGAUAUAUAAUUAGAGAUUAGCCAGGCUAAAUAUUAUAUCGACGGAGGUGUCGCUCAACGUUUUUCGGGACAUCGUCUGAACCAUAAGUAAAUCAGUGCUCAUUCAUCCACUCAUUCCGUAGAAAACAGCGUCACCACUGAAUUCAGUAGACGAAUCGUUUUUAGUGUUAGCUUCA